GUACGAGGAAAUUCCACGGAAGUCGAGGUCGCUCCGAGAAUGCUAUCGCGACAAAAGAGAUACCUGAUCUUUCCCGAAGGUAGUAACUUGCAGUUAGUGUACUGCCUGACUAUCGGAGCGUAUGGCAGAAACGAUGAUUUGGUGAUGGGUCUGACAGCAGCGUUGGCUUGGGAACUUCCGAGUAAAGUCGACUCCAAGAUAUCGGAUUUACUUCACCGUAGAAGCCGAAGUGUCAUGUUCCCGAAGGUUGAAGCUUUCUUGCAGUCCACUGGUAUCGACGGAAGAUCCUGCGUAAUGAAGGCUCUGUGUGAGGCAGGUCAGAGGCAUCCAUCUCAAAUUGGCAAAGGCACCUUCGUUCAGGAGCUCCUGCAUGUUAUUUUUACAUUACCAAGAGACGGCGGGAGAUUCGAAUGUUCGGAGGAUCGACCUUAUGAGAGAGCGUAUCAGAACGGUGGAAACUGCGAGAAACUUUAUCCAACGUGCAAGCACUCCAUUUACAGCGUGGAUCUUUGAGAUCGAAGGAGGCGAGGCGAAAGCUUC